CUUUGCCUUGCCGGGUUUUGGUCCAGUCUCUCGCGCCUCUUUGAAUGCACCGUUUGCUGCCUGCCGCCGAUUUGUCCGCUGAAAUAUUACGGAAGGCAAGACGGAUCCAGUAUCGCGAGACUCGACGGCGCGACGCUUGUUCCCGCCACCCCCGUGCGACUCCGUCUCCGAGAAUUCGGCACCUCUCGAUCCGGCCUUGCAAUAACGUCGGCGGUAUUGGCCCGGAGCAGCGACUGGGGCCACCUUGGCCAGCCUGGCGGGCAUCUUCGGAUGAUCGGGCCCUGCCCGCGAUCCCAACACCAUGGCGGCUCCAGAAGGGGAAGCCGGGGACGCCACCGGAGCAGAGCUGCCAAUGCAGCGGUCUCGGUGGGCCACCCGGAAGUUGACCGUCAAAAGCAGCGCCAUGAAGCGACUCUCGUUAAUGGGCAGGAGACACAACAAGAGCUCGUCGGGCGAGAAGAAGAGGGCGUCGGGGGGGACCGACACGUCCCAGCCCGAGGACGGCGUGAAGAAGGAUGAUGGUACUUCCGAGGACGACAACGGCGACGGGGCCGGGUCGCGGAGACUUUACUUCAAUCUCCCGUUGCCGCGCGAGCUGCAGGAUGACGAGGGGCAUCCGAAACAACAGUACGCGCGAAACAAGAUCCGGACCGCCAAAUACACCCCUCUCUCCUUCAUCCCCAAAAACCUGUUUUUCCAGUUCCACAAUAUCGCCAACAUAUUCUUUCUGUUCCUCGUUAUCUUAGUUAUAUUCCCUAUUUUUGGCGGCAUCAACCCCGGCCUCAACUCGGCCCCCCUAAUAUUUAUUGUUUGUGUCACGGCGAUCAAGGACGCCAUCGAAGAUUACCGAAGGACAGUUCUCGAUAACGAGCUCAACAACGCGCCGGUCCAUCGACUCGUGGGCUGCCAGAACGUCAACGUGCGGGAGGAUAAUGUUUCGUUGUGGCGGAAAUUCAAAAAGGCCAAUUCCCGCUUUUUCGGCGCGAUAUGGCAUGCAAUCGAACGCCUGUGGAAGAAGGAUGCGAAGUCCGGACGCCAGACCUUCAUGGCGGCCGACCCUCGCAUGUCAAUCGAGUCGAGGACCACGCCGUGGGAGGCCGUCGCGUCGCCUAACACCUUCGUCUCGGCGCAGGAAGAGAUCCAGAUGACGCCGGUGCCGUCGCCCCUGCCGCGCAACCCCAACAGGCCCGACAUCUCGACCGCAGUGGAGAGCGAGAUGGCCCGUUUCGAGAACUUCAGCGGCGACCUGAUCAACCCGCAGAUUCCUAUCUCGGGCAAGGCGAGGUUUCAAAGAGAUGCUUGGAAGAACCUGGUGGUGGGCGACUUUGUUCGCGUAUACAACGACGACGAGCUCCCCGCUGAUAUCGUAAUCCUGGCUACCUCAGACCCGGACGGCGCAUGCUAUGUCGAGACCAAGAACUUGGAUGGAGAAACCAACUUGAAGGUGCGGUCGGCUCUGCGGUGCGGCCGGACGCUGAGGCACGCCCGCGACUGUGAGCGGGCUCAGUUCAUGAUCGAGAGCGAGGCCCCUCAGCCGAAUCUGUACAAGUACAACGGCGCCAUCAAGUGGCGGCAGACCGUGCCCUGGGAUCCCAAGGCGGAGCCGAUUGAGAAAUCGGAGCCGAUCGGUAUCGACAACUUGCUUUUGCGGGGUUGCAACCUCCGGAACACGGAGUGGGCUCUUGGCGUCGUCGUCUUCACCGGCCACGACACGAAGAUCAUGAUGAACGCCGGCAUUACGCCAAGCAAGCGACCCCGCAUCGCCAGGGAACUGAACUUCAAUGUCAUAUGCAACUUCGUCGUUCUCUUCGCCAUGUGUCUGAUGGCGGCCAUCGCCAACGGCGUGGCCUGGGGGAAGCCGGAUUCAUCGAUGGCCUGGUUCGAGCACGGGGCCAUGAACGGGUCCCCGGGCCUGACUGGCUUCAUCACUUUCUGGGCCGCUGUCAUUGUCUUCCAGAACCUGGUGCCGAUUUCGCUCUACAUCUCGCUCGAGAUCUUGAGGACACUGCAAGCGUUCUUCAUCUACAGUGACAUCGGGAUGUACUACGACAAGAUCGAUCAGCCGUGCAUUCCCAAAUCCUGGAACAUUUCGGAUGACGUCGGCCAGAUCGAGUACAUCUUCUCGGACAAAACGGGAACGCUGACGCAGAACGUCAUGGAAUUCAAAAAGGCAACCAUCAACGGCCAGCCUUACGGCGAAGCUUACACGGAGGCUCAAGCAGGCAUGAACAAGAGGAUGGGCAUCGACGUGGAGCAAGAAGCAGCGGCCAUUCGGGCCGAGAUUGCCAAUGCCAAGGUCAGAGCGAUCCGUGGGCUGCGACAACUGCACGACAACCCGUAUCUCCACGACGAGGACUUGACCUUCAUCGCGCCUGAUUUUGUUGACGAUCUCGCGGGCAAGAACGGCCCCGAGCAGCAGCAGGCCAACGAGCACUUCAUGUUGGCGCUUGCCCUCUGUCACACUGUCAUUCCCGAGAAGCAGCCAGGCGACCCUCCCAAGAUGAUUUUCAAGGCUCAAUCGCCAGACGAGGCAGCGCUGGUGGCCACGGCCCGUGACAUGGGAUUCACUGUACUUGGCUCGUCAAGCGACGGAAUCGAUGUGAACGUCAUGGGCACCGACCGGCACUUCCCGGUCCUCAACACGAUCGAGUUCAACUCCAGCAGGAAAAGAAUGAGCGCAAUCGUCAGGAUGCCCGACGGCAGAAUCCUGCUAUUCUGCAAAGGUGCCGACAGCGUCAUCUACUCCCGUCUCAAGAAGGGCGAGCAGGCCGAGCUUCGCAGGGAGACUGCACAGCACCUCGAGAUGUUCGCGGUCGAGGGUCUCCGGACGCUCUGCAUUGCAGAAAGAGAGCUUUCGGAAGAGGAGUACCGAGAGUGGAGGAAGGAACAUGACAUAGCCGCCACGGCUCUGGAGAACCGCGAGGAGAAGCUCGAGGAGGUUGCCGAUAAGAUUGAGCGCGAUCUCACCUUGCUUGGCGGGACGGCUAUCGAAGACCGUCUUCAGGAUGGCGUGCCGGACACGAUCGCGCUGCUAGGCGAUGCCGGAAUCAAGCUGUGGGUUCUCACGGGCGACAAGGUCGAGACGGCAAUCAACAUCGGCUUUUCCUGCAACCUCCUCAACAACGAUCUGGAUCUCUUGCGCUUACAAGUGCAUGAAGAAGAGGCCAGCACGGCGACGGAAGAAGAGUACAUUGCGAUGGCCGAGGAGCAGCUCAACGCGGCCAUGGCGAAAUUCAACAUCACGGGCAGCGAUGAGGAGUUGAAGAAGGCACGGAAAGACCAUCAGCCCCCCGCCCCCACACAUGCACUUGUGAUCGACGGCUUCACGCUGCGGUGGGUGCUCAGCGACGCGUUGAAGCAGAAGUUCCUGCUGCUCUGCAAGCAGUGCAAAUCGGUCCUCUGCUGCCGUGUCAGUCCCGCGCAGAAGGCCGCCGUCGUCUCGAUGGUAAAGAACGGGCUAGAUGUCAUAACGCUCUCUAUCGGAGACGGGGCGAACGAUGUGGCGAUGAUCCAGGAGGCAGACGUCGGCGUCGGCAUCGCGGGUCUGGAGGGACGGCAGGCUGUCAUGUCAUCCGACUACGCCAUCGGGCAGUUCCGCUUCUUGCAGAGGCUGGUGCUGGUGCACGGCAGGUGGUCCUACCGGCGCGUGGCGGAGUCGAUCAGCAACUUCUUCUACAAGAACAUGAUCUGGGUGUGGGCCAUCUUCUGGUACCAGAUCUUCGCCGACUUCGACAUCUCGUACAUCUUCGACCAGACAUACAUCACCAUGUUCAACCUCUUCUUCACGUCGGUCCCAGUUAUCCUUAUGGGCGUCCUGGACCAGGACGUGAGCGACACGGUGUCGUUGGCGGUGCCCCAGCUCUACCGACGCGGCAUUGAACGGAAGGAGUGGACUCAACCGAAGUUCUGGGCCUACAUGUUUGAUGGCAUCUACCAGUCGGUCGCGAGCUUCUUCAUUCCGUUCAUCUUCGUCGUGCUCACGACUACCGCGACCGGCAACGGGCUCGUUAUUGCGGAGCGCACUCGGCUGGGAUGCUACGUUGCCUUCCCGGCCGUGAUUACCAUCAAUGCCUACAUCUUAAUCAACACGUAUCGAUGGGAUUGGGUGAUGAUCCUCGUCGUUGUGCUGAGCGACCUCUUCAUCUUCUUCUGGACCGGCGUGUACACGGCUAGUACCUACUCGGCCGGUUUCUACCAGGCGGCCGCACAACUCUUCCAGGAGCUUACCUUCUGGAUGUGCCUGAUUGUGACGCCGACCAUAUGCCUGCUCCCUCGGCUGGUGAUCAAGGUCAUCCAGAAGUCGCGGUUUCCCUAUGAUGUUGAUAUCAUCAGGGAGCAGGCCAAGCGCGGCGACUUUGCCGACGCCGACGCCACGAAGGCUGCAGCGAUGGCAGCAGGCGAGGGUAUCGACGGCGGGUCGUCCAAGUCGUCCUCCUCGUCGGGCAAGCUGUCCGGGCGCAGCAGGAAACCGAAGCAUACGCAGUACGCCAGCGUUGACGAGGACCGGCGGCCGAUCUACCCGCCGUCGGUCGCGACGCACAACACGCGCACGCAGAACGGCAGCGACGGGACCAACUACAUCAUGCAGAGCCGAGCGUCGGCCGAGCUGCAAGGGGACCUCGUCGGCGAGGAGCCGGAGCGGGCGGUCACGCGGCCGUCGAUCGACCGCGCCCGGCCGUCGUACGACCGCAUCCGGCGCUCCGUGGACCGCGUCCGGCCCAGCUUCGAGGCCAGCAACGAUUUUACUUCGGCCGCGCGGCUCAGCAGGGUCGAGUCGACGCACUCGACCCAGGGCCUGCCCGACGGCCAGCGCCGAUUCAACUUGACCACGGUCAGGAAGCGUGGCUUGUCGGCUUUCUCGAAGAAGAGCAUCGAUCCAUGAUGAUUAUGCGCCUGUCCAGUCGGUGUAUGGAGGAGUAUUUGAGUGGGGAGAGGUACAUUCAUGCCCUUGUGGCGGUAUGGUUGGUGUGGUGCUGUGGCGGCCUCUUCGAUCCUUUGUUUUCCUUCUUGUUUGCCCUCAUCUUUUGAUCGCUCACCUUGUUAGAUAUCCCCUUGGGGCGUUCGUGCAUGUGUUGCAUGAAGGAAGUCGUAUGAUGACGGCGUUCUCCCACAUCCACCCCACAUCCACGGCCGUGGGCGGAGGAGACAGCGUUACGUCGUUUGUUGUGGGCUUUUACUAUGGCGGUGGUUGCGGUGUAAAAAGUUGUUACCUAUGGUCUGGGAAAGCGGAGCAGGCUGCGGAGGGGCUGUCAGUUGUUCAGUUGUUGUUACUGCUCGACAGCGCUGUUCUCUUUUUCUCCUUUGCUCUCUCUUUCGCUCAUUUUUUUCUUGGUUUCUUAGCUCUGGUUUCUGUUCACAUGGCAUAUGGCGUUUUGGAUGGGGAUGCAUUGGCAAAACUAGGGGUUUUUCUUAGGUUUCCCCAAGCGGCUUGGACUUGCGUUAUUGUGCUGUACAAUAGAAGAGUCAUUUCCGUAUAUGCCUUCCUGCUGGAAUGCGAGAAAAUAAGUUCUAGAGUCUG